AGAAAAAAAAAAAGGAAAGAUAUUUGUUGUGAUUUUCGCGGUGCUAAACCAACGCUGUGGUGUCUCGUCCACUCUAACUGUGUUGUGUUGAACUCUCUCUCUCUCUCUCUCUCUCUCGUUUUGCCUCCACUCGAUUUGGCGGACUUUUCAGAUAUUUUCACGUCUCUUGCUCUACAGCUACACAAACUCCUCAACACUUGAGAAAAUUAAAGCCUCUAAAUUAAUUUAAGGAUGAGCACGCUGUUUGAGAAUGGAUGAAUGACGUGUCACUGGCGUUGAGUGCUGACAAGGGAAGUUGAAUUUGAAGCUUAUUCAGAUGCAAAUGCAGGAGGAGCAGAUCAUGAAGCUGAAGGACGAGAAUGCGCCACCGGGGGACGUGGUGGUUAGGUGGGAGAAGUUUCUCCCUCGGAUGGCGCUCAGAGUGUUGCUUGUUGAAGCCGAUGAUUCUACACGCCAGAUCAUAUCCGCCCUUCUCCGAAAAUGCAGUUACAAAGUUGCUGCAGUUCCUGAUGGCCUAAAGGCAUGGGAGACAUUGAAGAGCAAAGCACCUGAGAUUGAUCUUAUAUUAACAGAAGUGGAGUUGCCGUCAAUAUCUGGAUUUUCACUUCUCACGUUGAUAAUGGAGCAUGACAUUUGCAAAACCAUUCCCGUCAUAAUGAUGUCUACUAAUGAUUCAAUUAGCAUGGUAUUCAAAUGCAUGCUGAAAGGUGCGGCUGAUUUUCUUAUAAAACCCAUUCGAAGGAAUGAGCUACGGAACUUAUGGCAGCACGUAUGGAGAAGGCAUGCUAUUAGCGGGUCCCAUCAGAGUUUAACACUGCCGCAGAAUAAAUUUGAAGUUGCUGCAGAAAACAAUGCUACGAGCAAUAAUUCUAGUGGUUCUGUGGCUUCCCCACAGAAAAAUAGAGAGUACAGUGGUGAGAAAGCAAGUGAUGCUCAAGUUACGUCCCCGUUGAAAAGUUUCUCAAAGUUGAUCAAUAUUGACACAGUGAAGCAUGAAGAGGCUACCAAAUUUGAAAGGGAAUCAGCUACGCACUAUAGUGAAUCCGGUGAGAAAUCAAAUAUGUUUGUAUCCGAUGCUACAAGGUGCUACAAAACUCUUAAUGCGACAGGUGUAAGGCUAGAUCAAGGCUUUGAUUGUGAUGAAACAGAAAAUGAAGAUGAAGUUUUAAGAACAGAAUUAAGCAAAGCCCAUUCUCAUAUUAAUACCGAGAUUAACAAAUGCAAUGAUACACUGGUAGAACCUUCUACAGGGGCAAUUGACUUGAUUGCUACAUUUGAGAAUUCUCCAAAGAGCACGGGUGAAAAUUGUAGUUUCAAUGCUGACAACACAUUCAAGUCAGUUUUUGAUACACAAUUGGGACUUUCUUUAAGAAGAGAUUCUCCUAGUAGCUCAUGUAAGCUUGCACCGGAAGAAAGGAAAAUAUUGAACCAUUCAACUGCAUCGGCCUUUUCUUGGUAUAGCAGCAGUAAGUUGUUGCAGCCCCUUUUCCCAUCUCAAUCAAUUACUUCUGCUAAACUAUCAAGUGUCAGUUGUAAUUCUCAUGAAUCCCAUAAGUCAUCUGAAAAUACACAUACUCAUCAUCAGCAUGGUGAUAAAAUUCAAGAUAAACAGAACAUGACCACUUUGGUCACUCAGACUGGCCAAAUUGAACCAAAAUCACCAAACGAUGAACUUGGAUUCUCUUGUGCUACUGGUGUUUCUUCUGAUCAUAACUCUAUGGGGAAUGCCAAUGCUUUCCCUCGUAUGCCCUGUGCACAAUCAGCUGUGCAUCCCAUAUGGACUCCGAAACCAGUGUCCAAGAAAGAAAAUUCUUCAUUUCCCACUAGUGCUUCUUCUCAUUCCAACCCUGAAACUGACAAUUCAGAAUGUCAUCGAUGCUCGGAUGAUGCCACCUACACUUCUGAUCAAAAUGGAAAUGAUCAAAGCAAGAUGGAUUGUGUUAGGCAUGACUCUGCUGCUGCUGCUGGUCAGAGUGCAAGUACUAGUUUUUACCUUGAAAAUCAUAAUAGCAGCGGUGCAUAUGGAAGCAUAGGCAGCGGAAGUGAUGCAAAUGCUACUUCAGCUGUGGUAACUAAGAACAACCCCUUUGCUGAUAGUAGUCAACAUAGUCAUGAUGGAUUCAGAGGGACAGAUUCUCAUCGGAGCAGCCAAAGAGAAGCAGCUCUAACAAAGUUUCGGCUGAAGAGGAAGGAGAGAUGCUACGAGAAGAAGGUACUGCAACCAUGCUGUGAGUGCAGUUGUAGCCGUUCGAUAUCAGAGCCGGAAAAGACUGGCAGAGCAGCGCCCUAGGGUGAAAGGGCAGUUCGUUCGCCAGGUGCAAAAUGAUCAUCCAGUAGCAGGUGUAGGUGGCUCCUGAAAUUUGUUCGUUUUAAAGUUACCUUCAUUAUUGACUUCAAAUACUGAUUUGCCUCAAGAAGGGUUAACUGUAGGUUGAUAAAGUUCGUGUCUUGUGUAUCCUGUUUGAUAUUAGCAUUCUUAGUGGUUUCUUCUUGCUUGUUACAUUGACUUCCUAUUAGAUAUUUAGGAUUGUAAUUAUUUAGUGGUAUUGAUCUAAAGUUUUGGUUUGGUUAUUGUUGGAUGAAGAAUUAGGCUGUAGUUGUAUAGGUAGUAUGCUUCUGUAUGAAUAGGUUGAAACCUUAUGCCUCGGCAAGCGUUCAGUCGUAUAAUGGUAUAAUCAUAUCUUUUCAAACUCA